UAAACCCAAGUUGUAAGCUGAGCCAAACCAAGCAAGGGAUUGUUUUCACUCAAUUUUAGGCCAUAUGAAAUUUUGAGCAACUUAUCCAAGUGACCCUAUAAACCUUAUCCGUUACCCCCGGAAAGGAUGUAAGCCAUUCUGCUGAGAAGUGUCCAAUUCGAGCUGAGAAUAUCGGCCAUGAGGUGCCUCCAUUUUCGUUCUUCAUUUCCUUCUUUAUAUUCUGACCUCGGACAAAAACAGAAACUGAAAGCUAAUGAACAGCUUUGGCUGUUCAGCAGUGCAGCUCCAAGGCUGGUUUUACAAAGACAAAAUGUGCAUUUUUGGUCAAAUGCUAUCUCCAAUCCACUUUUCAUUGCUGCCAAAAUUCCUCCAUCACAAUCUGGUGAUAUUACAGUCUUUGUUCAAACAAGCGCAAUACUUCUGGUUGUUUACUUUUUAGCCAAUUUUGUGGCACCUUAUUUCAUCUCCAAGUAUUUCGAAUUCGACAAGAUAGACGAAGAUAAGAAGACAACCGAAAACGAUAGCCCUGGAAGAUGAGGAUGAAGAUGUUGAAAAUCAAGCUCAACAAUGGAAGGUAGCUUCCCUGGAGACAUGACAAAUUAUUGGCAAAUCCGACCUGAAAAACUCCUGUUGUAAUUUUUUCGUAUUAUUGUACAAUGCACAUUUAUCAACUGGAAAUCCCAAUUUAUGGAACAUGAUCGGCAAUUACUAUGAAAAUCAACAAAUUCAUUCUUUUUUGAAUCAAUCUUCAAAUUACUUCUGAUAACAAGCAUCAGCUCAUUUCACAAUAAUUUACAAUUACCUGCAAAACUAUGCUGCUUAACCCAAGUGAAAAAUAGGGGACAAAAAAAAAA